UCAUGCCCAUGAGUCCCGGAUUAUACUACAUUUCAAAAUGUCUUUUCGGUUGCAGUUCCAGAAACCGGGCGCGUCUGGCGAAACGAUUCGUGCCUCAGGCGUUUGAACUUGGCGGUCUUCUUCGUGUUUUCAAUACUCCUCCCUCCCUUCCUCCCUCUCUCUCUCUCUCUGUGCUAAUGGUAGUCUUAGACAUGCGAGCAGUCAGAGGAAUCUACGCUCAGAGAAACCUUCGCAUUUUCAGCAAUCAAUCACUCCCAUCAUCUCCCACUCUCCUCUCCUAUAAACCCUCCCAAAACCCUAAUUUUCCUCGCCGCAUUCACUCCGCCAACCGCCUCCUCCGCGAGCAGUCGAGCGCCGAACCGGAUGUCUUAAACGAACGCAGUGGUUCGGCUUCCGGGACCGAUGACACUAUCCCGGAAAAUGAGAGGGACCCCGGUGUUUACACUGUCUAUGAUCCCGCCACAGGCCGUAUCGUCACUAGAAGAGGGGCCGCUAAAUCCGAGGCGAGCAACGGUGACGGAGAUGGACCCGGGGAUCGCUGGAGCAGCGGCAGAGGUUUUGGCGUUGUUCGGGGGGCGAAUUUGGGGUUUAGGGAAGUUGGCGGGAGCAGGAAGAAGAAGACUAGGUUUUCAUGGGUGUGUUCGGAUUGUGGGUAUUCGGAUGGGCAAUGGUGGGGGAGUUGCCGGGCCUGUAAUGGCGUCGGCACCCUGAAAAAGUUCGUGGAAGGCGAGCCUGAUGAACGGAAGAAAAGUGGGUUCGAGGUUGCCAAGAGGGUGGUGGGGUCGUGGUUGGCGCAGAAGUCGGCCGAAGCUGUGCCUGUGAGGUUGAUGGAUGUGAAUCGGGGGAUCAAUAUAUCGGAUUGGCGAAUUCCCUUGCCUGGACUCUUCGGGAUGGAAGUUGCUAGGGUGCUUGGUGGGGGUCUUGUUCCAGGUUCUUUGGUUUUGGUUGGUGGUGAUCCGGGUGUUGGCAAGAGUACUUUGUUGUUACAGAUUGCUGCAAUAAUAGCAGAAGGGCGUAGCAUUGGGGGCCAAGCUCCAGUUGUUUAUGUCUCUGGUGAAGAGAGUGUUGAACAAAUUGGAAACAGAGCCGAUCGCAUGAGCAUUUGUACAGAAGAACUUUUCUUGUAUUCUAGUACUGAUAUUGAGGACAUUCUGGACAAAGUUCAGGCUCUCUCCCCUCGGGCUUUAAUUGUUGAUUCAAUUCAAACAGUUUAUCUGAUGGGAGUGACUGGAAGUGCUGGAGGACUUUCUCAGGUGAAAGAAUGUACAUCAGCUUUGCUGCGUUAUGCUAAGAAGACAAAUAUCCCUGUUCUACUGAUUGGACAUGUGAAUAAAUCUGGAGAUAUAGCAGGACCUCGUGUACUGGAGCACAUUGUUGAUGUUGUCUUAUAUAUGGAAGGGGAGAAACAUUCUUCUCAUCGCUUACUUCGAUCUGUGAAGAAUCGUUUUGGAUCCACUGAUGAGCUUGGAGUAUUUGAAAUGUCACAAGCGGGAUUGCAAGCUGUGUCAAACCCUAGUGAAAUGUUUUUAACUGAACAGCAAUCAGAUUCAGAGUUUUUAGCAGGACUAGCUAUUGCUGUGAUUAUGGAUGGAUCUCGAAGUUUUCUUAUUGAAAUUCAGGCACUGUGUGUCCCUGCCUCAUUAUCAGCUUCAAGACAUGUAAAUGGGGUCCAAUCGAGUCGUGCAGACAUGAUUGUUUCGGUUCUUAAGCGGCAGGCUGGUUUAAAGCUUCAAGAUAAUGGCAUCUUUCUAAAUGUUGUUAGUGGGGUGGCACUGACCGAAACUGCCGGUGAUCUUGCUAUAGCAGCUGCUAUUUGCAGUAGUUUCUUGGAAUUUCCAAUACCAAAUAAUGUAGCAUUCAUUGGAGAGAUUGGCCUUGCUGGUGAGCUUCGCACGCAAAUUGGAUGGUGGUUGUAUAUGGCAGGUACCAAGAAUGGAGAAGAGGGUGAAUACAGUGGCGAAGCUAGGAUACAAAACGUGCAUUGUCCCUAAAGCCAGUGAGAAAUCUCUUGCGGCUCUUGAUAUUCAAGGCACCACCAUCCUUGGCUGUAAGAACUUGAAAGAGAUGAUCAAUGCCGUCUUUUCAAACUCCCAUCAAAUGGAAACAUCAUGAAGAUCCUUAUUGCUCUCUGUCUCUCUCUCUCUCUCUGGUUUUUCUUUAAAGAAGUUUUACAGAUAGAUAUAGACAUAUACUGGGUGGCUGUAAGUAUGUCCCAACAUUUCCGACAUUCUUGACCCCGGAAUAACAACUUUUAUGGGCAUUAAAAUUUGUAAGCACUCGAAAUGUUUAUAUUUUACCCAUUAUGGGUAUGGUCAUUGUAGUAGGGCUUUCGCCAGCCGAGGAUGCUUCAUUUUCGUGUUAGGCUACCUACCAUCGGCAAACCUGGCUGCUAACUUGAUGGCUGGCUCUACAAAAUAAAGAGAGGAUCCACAUUUUGGUCUA